AUGCUUCCUUCGGUUAAUGAUGAACAUGGAGGAGUUAUUGUAGAACUAAAGGAUCCUAUGGACACCAAUGUCUUCCGUUUCAUGCUUAAGGCUUCCAUGAAACAGUGGAAGCUGCAGGUAAAGAAGGGUCUGUGGAUUAAAUUUCCUAUUGAGCUUGCAAAUCUUAUUGAAAUUGCAGUAAAGGAAGGGUUUUGGUACCAUCAUGCAGAACCUCAUUACCUCAUGCUUGUGCAUUGGAUUGCUGAUACUGAGAGUACCAUCCCUGCAAAUGCCUCACACAGAGUCAGCAUUGGUGCUAUUGUCUUGAAUCACAAAAGAGAGUUGCUUGUUGUACAAGAAAAUAUCGGUUUAAAGGGAAGUGGUGUAUGGAAAAUCCCUACUGGUGCUGUUGACGAGGGUGAGAAUAUAUUUGAAGGUGCAAUAAGGGAGGUAAAAGAAGAAACUGGAGUAAGUUUACAGAAUAAAUUUUCUGUUGUUACGUCGCUGCUAUUAAUUUUUUCUCUGGCAUGCAUUUACCUUGUUUUUUUAUUGCAGAUUGAUACAGAAUUUCUGGAAGUGCUUGCGUUUAGGCAAAUACACAAGUCAUUCUUUGACAAGUCAGAGCUGUUCUUCAUUUGCAUGAUGCGCCCUUUAUCUUUUGACAUCCAAAAGCAAGACUGA